CCACAGAUUAGGAUACAGUAUAUCCUAAUCCGCGGUAUUUUAGAUCACACUUAGAGGUUUUCUGGAGGUAACGUUUUACCGAAAACUGGCAACACUUGGAUGUAGACAGAAAAGGAGUAUUUUUGAUUGGACAAAAACAAAAGGAGCAUCUGCUACUUCAAACUGUUUCUACUUUAUCUUUUCUAUUCUUAUAUAAGUUAAAUUUAAUUAUUCAAGUUGGCUGUUUUUUAAAGUUUAGAUUCGAAUUAGGUUCGAUUAAGUUACUGAAACACAGCACCUCUGUGGAUUGCAUUGUUUACUUCUAACUGUGUAUGGUGUCUUAACACUACAAAUGAUUCAUUUCAAUUAUGGACUUCUCAAAGAAUAUUGAUGGAACUAAAUUUAAUGUUCGAAGGAAAUCGGAUCGGAAUAAUAACGUUAGCAUUAGACGGAUGCCCAAAUAUGAAGAUUAUAAUGGUGUUGGUUUAGAAAACAGACAGUAUGAUUGUGUUGAUGUGGAAGAUGAACAAAACAAUUUUGUAAACGUAGAUGAAGAAUACGAUUACUACAUAAGAGUUGAAGAUGAUCAAUACAAUUUCGUCAAAGUGGAAGAUGUACAGUAUAAGGUCGAAGAUGAACGAUACAACGUCGUCAAUGUUGAAGAUGAUCAAAAUAUCAUUGAAGAACACUACGACACUGCCAAAAUGGAGAAUGAUCAGGAUAAUAUAGUCCAAGAGGAAGAUGAGCCAUAUGAUAUCGUAUAUGAUCAUCAUAGGCUAAUUGGAUUGGAGGAUAAAUAUAAUAGUAUUGAAAUUGAAGAAUAUAAUAAUAUUCAAGCCGAUGACUUGAUAAAUAAAAUGGUGACAAUUUCUACUGCAAAAUCACAAGACAAAAAGCAAGCUGUUGUUUGUUCAGAAUGCAACAAACAAUUUACUUUAAAGAAAAAUUUAUAUGCCCAUCAGAGAAAAAUACAUAAAUUUAUAGACGACAGGGAUCCGGCAAUUAAGAAAAUAAAAGGAAAUGAAGUUUGUUCGUCGUGUGACAAAACCUUUGCUAACAAACUGACUCUUCGACGCCACAUUGAAAAUAUUCACAGAGCUAACAGUACAAAAAUUAAGAGAGAAUAUAAGCGACGGCUGAUAUGCCCCAUAGAGAAUUGUUCUCAAAAAUUUUACCAUAAUUAUUUGCUUCGAGAACAUCUGACCAAUGUUCAUAACAUUGAACUGCUGCUAGAAGAAAUAGAAUUUAAUUCUAAAAAUGAGUUUGAAACCUGGAAGCGCAACACUGAAUCAAGGAGUUUAUCAUCAUAUGUCUUGCAUACAUCUAUGAACACACUUUCUGAUGGUACACAAAAGAAAUUUUAUAAUUGCCAUCGUUCGCAUCACUACAGGAAAUUUGGGAAAAAUAUUAGGUCCUUGAAGAGUUUGGGAUCAAAUAAAAUUGGAAAAGCGUGCCCUUCCAGAAUGGAAGUACUGGAAAAUCAGGACGGCAUCACGGUCAAAUUUUGGAAAACACAUGUUGGCCAUUCUAUAGAUAUAGAACGCAUUUAUUUGAGUAAGGAAACAAGAAUGGAAAUUGCACGUAAGCUUAAAGAUGGAGUUUCAUUUCAAAAUAUAUUGGAUGAAAUUCGAAAUUCAGGCAUAGAUGACAAAGGGCUGCAGCGACUUCGUCUCUUGAAAAGAAGAGAUUUGCAUAACAUUGCCAGGAAUUUCAAUAUUACUGUAGCUAAGUCUUGUAUUUGAUCUGGUUAACCAAAUUUUACUUUUAUAUCACUAUUGUAACAAUAAUAAUAAAUUUUAUUAAAUGUUAUCAAGGUCUGGAUAUAUUAAUCUGGACUUGUGCAAAGAUUUAUGUUUAAAUAUUAAAACCAUGCAGGAUAAGUCAAAAGUUCCUUGUAUCCUUUUCUUUUCAAAAGGUGCUUAAGGUAUAGGGUAUUUAUAAAGUUCACAUUUCAAAAAGAUAUAACCUUGGGACCUACUCAGCAGAAUGAUUUUAUACUUCACAACACUACAACUGAAGUCUUGGAAUUGGAAACAAAAAAUUAGUUUCAAAAUUUCCGCUAGGGCUAUAAAUGGCACUGCAACACUGUCACGGCUACCUUAAAAUAGCGAGGUUGAAGCCGAAGUUUUAAACGCAAAAACGUGUGCGUCGGACGUUCAGCACCGCUUUCCUGUAAGCCUAGAAGUUUGACAGUGGUGUUUGGAAUGUCGAGCAUGA